GAAGUUGCUGCCGAGGCAACAAAGUUGGCUAUUCCAGCGUUGACCAGAAGCGAGUGAAAUAUUAAGUCUGUUUUUAAGAUAAAAUAAAUUAUAUUUUGAUAUCAGGAUGUCGUGGGUUAAAGCUGUUUCCAACAGCGUGGAUGUGUUUGAUGAGAAUGGCGACGAACUUAGCUUGCAGAAUAAAGAGUGGACGGCCAACAUGAAGAAACGAGUCAGGGAUGGUUAUGUGGAUGGAAUUGAUGCCGGGGAGGAUGCGUCGCUUCAGGCCGGGUUCAACAUGGGCUACAGGGAAGGAGCAGCCAAGACUGUAGCUGUGGGUCGGCUCAGAGGUAUCGUAAGCGCUAUAUGCUGCUGGUGCCAGAUCCAACAUCCGGAAAGCCCCGUCCCAGCCUCUGUCACCAACCUCCUGCAGCGGGUUUCACGGUAUGAAGAGACAAUCAUGGAGGGCAUCCGGCAGGCUUUGGAGAACCCUCCUCCCAGCGUGAGCUCCGUCUCUGAGAGCAUGGAGGACCUGGAGGUGCAGCCGGCGGACUCGGGCUGCUGUGGAGGAGAGGGGUGCAAAGAUGCAGACUGCUGCAGCAAAGGAGGGGAGAGAAUGGACCUGGAUGCUCCUCAGCAGCAACAAAAGCUCAGUCCUGGCUCCUCUGACUGCUCCCCCAGCUCAAAUGAAAGUUUUAGCCAGCUCCUGCAGCGCUGCAUAGAUCUGGUGUUGGAGCUCGGACUGCCGCAGGAGCUCAUCAGUCACAUUCAGGAGCUGGAGAACAUGUGACUGAAGAGCACAAUCAGAACGAAACCUCAACAAACACAAGAACUAUGAAUUAAAACGGGUCAUAUCUCAUGAGGGCUGCCCCCUCUUCCACUUAUUGUUUGUUUUGACUAAGAUUUCUUUAGUCCAUUAGUCAUUUUGUGCUUUUUUUAAUGCUGAUCGACUUAUUCGAAGAGUUCUUAUAAUUGCCCUUUGUAAAGUUCUGCACUGGAGUUCAUAUAUGCCACAUAAGUUCCUUGUCAGGUGGGCUGUGAGGGCUUCAAUCCCCUGUUUUAACCAGGAGAGUAGUGUUCAUAUUCUGAGCCAAGCAUAGUGAAAUCUCACUGUGAAAUAUCACCUUUUACAACAUUAACGUUGUAUUUAAAACGGCAACCAGGACGUAGUGAACAUGGUGUCAACAAUGUGUUGAAACCAGCAAACGACGCAUAUUGUAAGAUAUAUGAAUUGUGCUGCAAAAGUUUUCAUAUGAAGUUGUUCAAAUUCCUUCAUGAGAAUAUGUUCCAUGGUAAAUACAAGAUUUGAUGUGGCACUUUUGCAUGAUUCUUUGCAGAGAAACUCAGGUUUACAGAUCCCUUGACUAAAUUUGUAUGAGUGUUAGUCAACUAAUAAUUUUCUUCAGUCAAGGACAGCCCUACUCCUUCCAUUUGGCAAUGAAGUGCUCUUGAUGUGUAUAUAAUGUAAUGAGUUUUGCAUUCCUAAUUUCUGUGAAAUGAUUGAAGAAUGUUUGAAAAUAAAAAUGGAUUUGCUAAAUUUGACUGCAUUUCUUUUGUCACACCUAUUUUGUUGCCUAUUAAAAUGAAAAACAA